UGGAGAGAGAAAAAGAGAUAAUGGCAUUUAUUUGUGUUGACUGAUCAAUGAGCAGUUCAGCGUAGCCGGCAAAAGGCGUAUCCUUAGUAUAUUAUAUAUAUAUAUAGGAUAUAGUGAUAUGUAUGUAUACUGGAUCUAUAUAUGUACAUACGUAAAUGCCUAUACGCGUUGAACAGUCAAUCAAACGCAAGCGACCGCUUUUACUUGAAUUUUGCAACAUGGGCUGCAUAAAUUCUAAGUCUAGUCCUUUUAAGGAUAGCAGGGAAAGCCCUAGAAGGAUGCUAUCUCGUAAAGGAUCAAUGGAACGUGUUCAUCGGCUUGACUCAUCGAGAAAGGAGGAGGUUACUCGAUCAAAACAUAGAUUGGAUAGUGGUGAAGUGAAAGUUAAGUUGAUUGAUAAGAAAGCAUAUGGUUUUACUCAGUUUUAUGAUGAUCGGAUUGAGAAGAAAAAAGUAGAGAGGUGUGAAGAGGUUGUUACUAGUUUUCCUACUUUGUCAAGGGUUCCCAAGGCUAUAGAAGGAGAGCAAGUGGCCGCAGGGUGGCCAUCUUGGCUUGCUGCGGUGGCUGGUGAAGCAAUCAAGGGAUGGACACCGCGGCAUGCCAAUACUUUUGAGAAGUUAGAAAAAAUUGGACAAGGAACAUACAGUAGUGUUUAUAAGGCUCGGGAUAUCAUUCAUAACAAACUUGUUGCUUUGAAAAGAGUACGGUUUGAUAAUCAUGAUCCAGAGAGCAUCAAAUUUAUGGCCAGAGAAAUUGUUAUCUUGCGCAGGCUCGAUCAUCCAAAUGUAAUUAAAUUGGAAGGCUUGAUUACAUCUCGAACAUCAUGUACUCUGUAUCUGGUUUUUGAGUAUAUGGAACAUGAUCUUGUAGGAAUUGCUUCACUGCCUGGUGUCAAGUUUUCAGAGCCUCAGGUUAAAUGUUAUAUGCACCAACUUCUAAGCGGACUUGAUCAUUGUCACAGUCAUGGGGUUCUACAUCGUGACAUUAAGGGCUCGAAUCUUCUUAUUGAUAGUAAUGGCAUCUUGAAGAUUGCAGAUUUUGGGUUAGCAAGUUUUUUUGACCCCCAUGAUACUACACCGUUGACAAGCCGUGUUAUCACUCUCUGGUAUCGACCACCAGAACUUUUGCUUGGACAAUUUCACUUAUGUUUAGCUAUAGUUCAGCGUGUUUUCCUUCUUUUUUUAACUUUUUUUUUUGGGCAGUUCUUCACAACAAAACCAUAUGCUUGUGAGCCUUCAAGUUUACCAAAAUAUCCACCCAGCAAAGAGAUUGAUGCUCGAUUGCGUGAUGAAGCAGCUAGAAGCCGAAGAGUGGUUGGACAUGGAGGUGAAAGGACUGACAUUGAAAAGAGACUAUCAAAGCAGUAUCACGGCAUUCCACAUCCUACAAGUAAUGUGCCGUUUGCUGCAUCAAUGCAGGAAAGAAAACACCAUUCUACUUCAAAGAGCAGAAGUGAGAUUUUCACAUCUCGCAAAGAAGACCCGACUUCUGGUUUUCUGAUUCAUCCCACCGAACAAAAUGUAAAAGAUGUAAAUAAAGAUUUUGCAGAGCACCACCAGAAGAAACUUUCGCAGUCAGGGCCACUAGGUCAUGGGGGUGGAUGGGCAAAGUCAGGGAAGAAAGAGGAUGAUCCUCGGAUUGCUUCGUCUAGGACCAACUUGUCUACAUUAUCCACAUUAGUAGCCACUAGAACUUUUUCAUCCGAAGACCAACAAGAAAGAAUUGGUCAUUCACAGGCAGCCAUACACAAGACAGGCAGGUACGGGGGUUCAUUUAAUGAAUCGGAGUCAAUCACAAAGCUGGAUAGGAAACAUAACGUGCAGAGGAUUGCAGAUUCUCCUCCAACCAGAGGAGGAAGAACAAGUAUCAAAGAACCAAAUAUGGUUCGUGGCCCUAAGGGAAAUAGGAUUUACGUAUCCGGUCCAUUACUUGUUCCGUCACAAAAUGUGGAUCAAAUGCUUAAAGAGCAUGAUCAUCGAAUCCAAGAAUUCACUCGACGAGCAAGACAUGGGAAGAAGAAACAUGGGAAAGUUCACACUCAAGGAUUCCAACAAGCCAUGAAGUGAUCGUAUUGACAUCUUAUGUUCCUCUCUAGUGGCGGAGCCGGGGAAAUAGGUUGCCAGGUGCCCAGGGAGUGAGCUUAUGUAGCCGGUAAGUUCUUGUGUACAUAUAAAGAAACACCUUGUUUUUAGUAGGUACUAUGAUUACCUUUGCAGUAGAUAUUCUUCUCUAAUUUAGUAGAUAAUUUAUACAGAUCAGCAUCAGAAUCAAAGCCUGUGCAAAUUUAUUUACAGUUAAAAGUUUUAGAACUCUGUAGCGUAUAUGUUGGAAAGUCCAGCAAGGAUGAAUGUUAAAUACAUGGUAUACUGUCUAUAUUCUUUAUACAGAAACUAGCUUGUAUUCCAAUAGCCAUUAAAUGAAUUUUAAAGGAGAAAAAAUUAUUCUCUUGGACCAAUUACAGUCUCAA